UAUCAGUCGCUUGUGUGAACUGAAGCUGGGCGGUCGCGUGGCCAUUGUGCAUCUGUGAUUCAUAUUCGGUUUAUUUGGAAGCGGAAUUGUUUUCAUUUGUUACUAGUUAUGAUAAUGUAAAAAGUAGAGGACGCGACGUGUGAAGCGUUAGUAGUUUAUAUGAUGUCGGGCCUAGAAAACGCGAAAUUAGAAGAUGAAACACCAAAGGAUAAUAUAGAACCAGGAAAAAAUAAGGCAACUUCUAAUUCCCCGCGCUUUCUGCCCCCGAUUUGCAACAAUGGAGAAUUGAAUCGAGCUAUGAACGAGAAGCCAAAACGAAUAGCAGAUUCUAAGACCUGGUCAGAUUAUCAUAAAGUGUGUUUUGUUCAAGAUUUUGGACAGACUCCUGUUAGACCAGCGCGUCGAACACAAAAAUCACCUCGUACCAAAGGUAGAGAGGCUAUGAGCGUGAUGCAGUACUUGGAGAACAAUAAAGAGUUCCUGGAAGCGUACGUCGUAGACAGCAUCCCGGUGGAGGAGCUGGAGCAGUGGCUGCUCAAGAAGACACGUAAUCUCAAAAGCAACGAACAAUGGAAUACAAACAAAAUGACGAAUUGCAAACAAAAGUUUAUGACAUUGAUAAGGAAACUUCAAGAAGUCGGCGAUGAACAUUCUGUCAUAAACGAAAUUGCGUACUUCGUCAGUAACACAGUCGGGGCUGAUGCGUACAGGGUGUUCAAAUUGUACCCUGAUCAUAUGAAUUUUGUACAAUACUUCACAAAUAGCGCUCCAGGCGUUCAUACCAAAGAUAGUAGUAACUUAGAACGUGCAGGGCCUGAAGAAGUGGAGUUAGUACUGAAAGUGGCAAGGCGCGGCGCAACAUGGCGGCUGUCGAAGAAUGAUAUCGACAUCUUUCCAGAUUCUCCAAAGGAAUUGCGUCAGAAGUUCGGAAUUGAUGAAGCGCAAGGACUUAAUCACGUUUUGUAUCAGCCGAUAUUGAAUGCCGCGGGCAAAACAGUGUAUGUGAUCGAAAUGUGGAGGUCGAAUAACCAAUUUGACAAGAGGGAUGAGGAGAUGAGCACCAAUUUCGUUAUUUGGAACAGUCUGACACUGCACUAUUGCAACCUGUACUUGGACAAGACAAGGGAACGCAAUAUGGCCGACUUUUUGUUGGAAGUCGUGAAGGCAAUAUUUGAAGAAAUGGUGUCUCUUGAUCAGCUUAUAAAAAGAAUCCUGGAAUUCGCCCAACGUCUAGUCAAUGCUGAUAGAGCGUCACUGUUCCUCGUGGACUAUCGAAACUCGGAACUAGUUUCCACAGUUUUCGAUCUUCAAUUCGAAGCAGGACAUGAAAGGGACAUGGAGAAGAAGAAAAUAAGAAUGCCCAUUAAUCGUGGUAUUGCUGGACACGUGGCACAGUCUGGGGAAACUAUGAACAUUCCUGAUGCGUAUUCUGAUUACAGAUUUAAUAGGGAUGUCGAUGAAGUAACAGGAUAUAAAACAUCAAGUAUCCUUUGCAUGCCUGUAAAAGUCGAAGGCAAAGUGAUAGGUGUAGUCCAAAUGGUGAACAAAAGGAACAGUAACUAUUUCGAUCACGAGGAUGAAGUGGCUUUUGAAAUGUUCUCCACAGUCUUUGGACUAGCUCUUCAUCACGCAAAGCUCUAUGAUAAAAUAAUGCGCAAAGAACAAAAGUACAGAGUCACUUUGGAAAUUCUGAGCUACCACAACACAUGCAGGGAGAACGAGGUGCAAGAAAUACUCAAUAGUAACCUUAAAGUCAAUAUAAAUAUGGACGAUUUUUACCUGGACCCAUAUAAGAUUGACGACUUUCAAAAGUGCAAAGCUGUGUUGGCUAUGUUUGAUGAUCUGUUUGGCUUGUCCAAUUUCGAUAAAACAUCAGUGACAAGAUUUGUUCUGACUGUAAGGAAGAACUAUAGAAGGGUUCCGUAUCAUAAUUUCGACCAUGGUUGGUCCGUCGCCCACUCCAUGUAUGUUAUGCUGAAAAAUGACAAGAACAAGAGAUUUGAUUAUAAAAUGAGGUUAGCACUAUUCGUGGCGUGUUUAUGCCACGAUCUAGACCACAGAGGAUAUACCAACCAGUACCUGAACGAAACUGCGUCUCCCUUGGCAGCUAUGUAUACAACCUCGCCAUUGGAGCACCAUCAUUUCAAUAUAACUGUCAAGAUUUUGCAACAGGAAGGACAUUACAUAUUCUCUCACCUUUCAAGUGAGGACUACAAGGAUAUAUUGCGCUACAUUAAAUAUUGUAUUUUGGCAACUGAUCUUGUUCAGUUCUUCACAAAUUUGAAGAAAAUGAAAGACAUCGUUUAUAGCGGAGAUUCGAGAAGCAAAGGUUUUGACUGGGCUGCAACGGAGCACAGGAAUUUGGCAAUGGCCAUAUCCAUGACGGCCGCUGAUCUCUCCGCGUCUGCGAAACCAUGGGAUGUGCAGAUAAAAACUGUUAAAGUUAUAUUUGAGGAAUUCUAUGAGCAAGGAGACAAGGAAAGAGCUGCUGGGAAAACUCCCAUAGCUGACAUGAUGGAUAGGAACAAACCAGAAGAACAACCACCGAGUCAGGUUGGAUUUUUGAGUCAAAUCUGCGUUCCCUGCUACGAAAUACUGCACCAAAUAUUACCAAGCACAGAGCCAAUGUACAAAAUGGUUCUCAAGAAUCUAAGUAACUGGAAAUCUCUAGCCAACAGCCGUAACAAUCGGACUCCGUCUGACCCUCCAUCAUUGAAUGACGAUACAUUGAAGAGCGUAUCAGAUUCUGAGUUAGACCAUGAUACUAUAGAAGACAGAUCUGAUAUACCAAUUGAUAAAAACGUUGUUGUUGAAGAUAGCGGGGCAGCUGCAAGUAAAGAUGAUGAUAAAAUAAAAAGGACACUCCAAAGUAUGCGGUCAGACUCUGCUUCUUGGGACGAAGAACAAAUCGACAAAGCGUCUAGAGCUAGUGAGAUUUGGAAGGUUGUUCCCACUGAAGAUUUUUUGGCUGACGACGAAGGAUUAGUUAUUGGACAACACAGUUUCCGUUUAUAAGCUAUUGACGCAUAUUUAGAUUAAAGAAUAGUUUAACCUCUUCAAUUAUACAGAACUUUAUUUUUAAGAUUACUUCAAUACUUCUUUUCAUUAUAUGUUCAUGAAUAUGUGAUUUAGUCAUUAAUCAUGUUACAUGUGUGGUCGAUAAUAAUAAAUUAAUAAAUGUUAGGAUAGUGAAAUUGAAUUAUUGAAUAAUUGCAAAUUAAUUGUGUGACAGUUUAAUAGUUUCUAAAUUGUAAAACAUAUUUUAUGUCUCCUAUUAAAAAAAUCGCUACGAAUUGUGAAACUUGUAAUACGAAGGCCGCAGUAACAUACCAACACUAUAUAUCCAACGCUCUUAUAUUUAGUUUUCUCUGUAUUCUAUACAUAAGUUACAUUGUACAUUAAAUUUAAUAAACGUA